UCGCUCCGUCGAUCGUCAAUGCUAUCACAUUCAAUCUUUGGUUUUCGGGGCGUGUAGUACAAAUUUAACUUUAUUAUUUUCUAAAAUCAUCGCAACUUGUUACAUUCCUUCAAUCGUAAAACGCCCAUUUCAACUUUUCUUUACUAAUUUGUCAGUUAACCGAUUAACAAGGAAUGGAAGACUUGAGUUUUUUGCCCGAUCUCCCGAGUGGGCCCCUGGAUGAGUUUAGAAAAACCGCCACAUUCGAUUGGAAGCGUCUAAAACUAGCACUAGAAGGUGAUAUAGAUCUACUUAAACUUAAGUACAAAAUAUGGCACACUCUGGAAAAGGACCCACUCUUCGCCCACUCCGCAGUCACCCCAUCGGUGGAGGAGCAGAAACGCAUCACCCAGAUCCAAGUCAACAGGAUAAACCAGUACAAAUUCCUCACACCUGACAUGAUGCAACUGUGUUAUAGUAAAAAAUGCUCACCAUACCAGCAGACCAGAGUUAUAAUGACAAUCAACGAGGCAAUCCAGUCUCUCAACCCUAGUGUAUCAGUCAAGAUGGCUAUCGGGAUAUAUUUGCCUUCAAACGCUUUGCUUUCGCUGGGUACUGAGCGGCAUUACAAGUUCUACGAGGCACUACUUGUUAAGAGAAAGAUCCUAGCAGCAUUCGCGUUGACAGAGGUGGCGCACGGUUCGGACGCUCGACUUAUGCGCACGACCGCGACUUACGACGCGACCGCGCGGGAAUUCGUGCUACACUCCCCCGACUUCGAGGCGGCCAAAUGCUGGGUUGGUAACCUAGGACGAACAUGUACCCACGCCCUAGUUUUCGCCCAACUCAUCACGCCGGAUGGGGAAAACCACGGUCUGCACGGUUUCAUGGUGCCCAUCAGAGACCCGGAGACCUUGGAGACCUAUCCAGGUCUCAUUGUGGGGGAUAUGGGGGAGAAGAUUGGAGUCAACGGGAUUGAUAAUGGGUUCAUGAUGUUCAACCAAUACCGGAUACCGCGCGAGAAUCUCCUGAACAGAACAGCUGACGUCACCGAGGAGGGUAUAUACGAGAGUUCCUUCUCCGAACCUUCUAGAAUACUUGGAGCCGCCCUAGAGAAUCUAUCUGCAGGUCGCAUCGGCAUAAUGCAGGAGAGCUGCAACUCGCUGUCGUCGUGCGUGUCGGUAGCGGUGCGGUACGCGGCGACCCGCGCGCAGUUCGGCAGCGCGGCGCGCGAGAUACCGCUGCUAGAGUACGACUUGCAUCAAUGGCGGCUAUUCGGCUACGUGGCGGCGGCGGUAGUCUUCAAGAUAUAUAUCGAGAGUUUCUCCAGGGUGUACCUGAAAAUCGUUGAGGCUUCGAAUUCGGGACAGAAAGUUGACGAUUUGAGCGAGUCAGUGUCCGAAAUCCACGCCAUGGUAUCGAGCAGUAAGCCGAUGACGACUUGGACGGUACUCCGAGCAGCACAAGUGUGUCGGGAGGCCUGCGGAGGUCAUGGAUUCAUGAAGCGAGCGAACCUAGGCGAAAUCCGGAGCAACCACGAAGCAACAGUGACCUACGAAGGCGACAACAGUGUACUAUCUCAGCAGGCAGGCAACUGGCUCCUCAGACAGUAUGAGUGCAGCAAAACUCAGUCCGUGGACUCCCCACUAGGCACUGUCACGUUCCUGAAGGACUUCGAUAGGAUUAUGGGACACCGCUUCGCUUGUACACACACAGGACAGUUGAAAGACAAAGAAUUCAUCCUAUCAACGUACAAAUGGCUAAUCUGCUGGCUCCUAAAAGAAACCCAUGAAAAAUACGAAUCUCUAAUAGCGAGCGGUCUCACAAAAUUCCAAGCCAAAGCCAAGUGCCAAGUAUACAAGUGGCAGACUCUAACAGAAGUGUAUGCCGAGUAUUUGGCUCUCCUGUUCUGUUCAGAAGCUAUUGGAAAGAAAGAGAAGGCACUACAGCCCAUUUUGGAGAAGCUGUUCUUGCUGUAUGGACUAUGGUCUUUAGACAAGCAUUUAGUGGAAUUAUACCAAGGCGGUUUCGCAACAGGACCUGCGCUAGCAUCAUUAGUCCGAAGCGGCAUAACGGAGCUGUGCGCGGCGCUGCUGCCUGAAGUGGUGGGUGUUGUAGACGCGCUCGCGCCCACGGACUUCGUGCUCAACUCUGUGCUGGGGAAGAGCGACGGCAAGCUAUACCAAAACCUGCAAAAAGAGCUUUUCCACACGCCAGGCGGCAUGGAGCGAGCGAGGUGGUGGCGGGACGUCGUUCCAACACUGUCUAAGCUGUAAGCGUACUUACCAUUAAUAUAGGAGGCUUGGAAAUAAUAUGAUGCUAAAGGUAUACUUCCAAUUCUGAAGACGCCACGCUUCACUGAAUUUAAUAAGGAUGAUAGCAUAUUUUGACAUUUAUUUUCUGAGCUGAGAUGAACAUUCAUGACAUUUUACAUAACGUUCGAUCGGCUUUUGUGCAUAAUAUGUUAAUUUACCAUAACUAUUUUUGGAGAUUUGGUAGAAAAUAUUGGCUCUAACAUUUUCGGAAAUAUGUUUUUUUCUUUCUAAAUAAAACAGUGCCAUUCAAUGCCUUAAAUUAUAUGUUUCAUUCAGUAAAACAUUCCUUGUGUCGAACAUUAGAACGUCGUAGGUACGAUCAUUACAACUUUAAAUUUGAUUUAUUAUAUUUUUCAUUGAAUUUGUUCCUAUGCUUAGGAUAUUUGACCCUUACAAUAACAUUGACCAAGUUAAUUGGCUCUAUUAGUAGUAUUAACUCAUUGACUGGCAUUUAGUUAUUAAUGUAAUAUAACUUAUACUAUAAGCUGCAGUAUAUACUUACCUACUGUUAUAAAUUCAUUUUACGUAAGACGAAAAGUGUUGCUGCCUCGUGCUGUCGGAAUUGGAAUUAUACCUUAAUGCCCAAAGAGGCAUCAGAUAAAAAAUCAUUUAUAUAAUAUUAGCAUUUUUAGUACAGAUGCUGCGGGAAAAUUGGAAACUAUAUUUUUCUGUUAAUAUGUGACCUUGUUCGCAAAUAAUAUUCAAGUAUAAUAAUAUACAGAGUCAUAGACCAAAUAAUGUGAUUAAUUAUUUGUCAACUUAAUUAUGGGAUAGAUACGCCGUGCAUAAUUAUGCAUAUGCUAGUGUAUGUUUUUAGUAUGAUCGAGUAUUUACUUGAGUAUCAUAUUUUUAUUUUUUAUUGUAUAUUAAAAAUACAAGUAUGACCUGCCCAAUACUUUAUUAUUAAAAGUUUAAGAAAUAGCUAUGAAAUGCAUUUUUUACACCAAAAAACAUCGUUUACGAGAAAUCAUAAAAGUCAAUUUUAUUGUAUAUUUAUCAUUGCAUAUAUUUUUUUUAAUCGCAUUUUUUUGAAUACAUAAAUGUAUUAAUUGCAUGCAUUUUAUUUGACAUUUUAUUAUUUUAAGUAUAUUUUAAUAUUAAUAGUAAAAAGAUAUAAUGUGAGAUGUGUAUAGGGCUAGCAUAACAUUGCGUCGCCGAACUGUGUCAUAAUUUCUAGCGGUGACAUGGUACCGUACGGAACCCAAAGUCACAUCAAAAAAUGUACGUGAAUUGUACUAAAUUGUACGCUUAUUUUUAAAAAAUGUACUACACCUAUUUACAAGAAAACAAUGAUCAAUAUGUCACCGCUAGGAAGCAUAUUUUCUGGCGGGCGCUAUCAAUUCCACUAUGUAACAGUCCAUUUUUCAAAUUGCUUGUGAAUCAGAAAAUAUGUACGAAAAUUGUACUACAUUGUACGCUAAUUAAAAAAAAAAAAUAAUACACGCAUUUACAAGUAAACAAAGAUCAAUGUUGUACAUUUUUUUUCUUAGCGUACAAUUUAGUACAAUUCUCGUACAUUUUUUUGAUGUGACUUUGGAUUCCGUACGAUACCAUGUCACCGCUAGAAACUAUGACACGCCGAAUUUAAUACUAUUUCAUAAAGCAAAAAAAUCAUGUGCCUCAGUAACGUAUGCUAGUCCUAACCUGUUUUUUAGUUAGGGAAUAAUAUUUUUUCUAAUUAGUAAUUCCAAAUGCAAUUAAAAAUAACGGUCUCCAGAUACGAUUAAAUUUAAUAAAAAUCGAGUGUUUAUAUUAUUUAUAAAAAAAUGGUAUUUGGUUAUUCAAAUACCUAUCACGGAACAUUGAGUUCAUAUUUGACAAUGUUUUUAUCUGGUUUCGGUUAUUUUGCCAAUCUGGUACAAGGAAAAUAGAGUAGUUUGCAUAACGGGUAUAAUAAUGUAUUUUUAAUCGGGUAUUCUGCGAUUUAAGUAUUGGCUGUGUUAGUGGCAUAAAUGUAUACUUAUUACACAUUAUGAUAAAGAGUAACAUUUAUAGUAUGGCCACUCUCGUUCCUCGCUGAAAGUGACGCGAAAAAAACGCGACCAGUCGACCUGUCAUAUCUCACUCAUACAAGCAUGGUACGCGUUCACCUACACGAGCUUAGACUGUGCUAGGAACGCGCCUCUUUCAUAUAUUUGAUCGCCAUUGUCCAAAAUGUGAUUACGUUAUACCUUCAAAUCUUUAAGAAAUAAUCUCUAACGUUAAGACGAUACGGUAGGGGUCAAUUCUCCAUACAAACGCUCUCGACUAUUUCCUCUCUGGUUGAUAGAGCAAUGAUUUUUUCAACACAGAUUGUUAUUAUUUUUAUCUGUG